ACUGGUAUUAUUGCAGAAUUACGGUGGUGGCAAUGUCAGGAGUAGAUUUAAGCUAGAUUGGUUACAUUUUGAACGUGGAAGGCACUUGUAUUGCUUGUCCAGGCGGCAGUGAGUCAUAGGGGCAGUGGUGAAGGUGGUGCCAUUACUCGCAGUGACAGGGGAGUCGUGGGAGGGAGGCAGGCUUGAUAAGGAGGAUAACUAAUAAUACAGAAGAGAGCAAGGCUAAAGGAAGGGAAGGCAACAUGUGGAAGGCUCAGGCAGGUUACCAGGUGGCGGUGGACAAUGGGAAUGAUGACGAUGACUGGGACACAGAUGCUGAUUACGUGAAUAAUAUGACAGAGGAGCAGCAGCGUUAUGGCACAGAGAGGAACCUGGAUGCCAUUGACAUGAAAAAAUACCGAGAAGAAGUAAUCACAUGCGAUGCCGACACCAAGAAGAAGGAGCUGGAGUCUGGACCCAAGGCUUCCUACGGCUAUGGUGGCAAGUUUGGUGUGCAGAAAGACAGAAUGGACAAGAGUGCCGAGAGCCAUGAGUACGUGGGGAGGGUGGAGAAGCACGCCUCACAGAAGGACUACUCGUCAGGGUUUGGGGGCAAGUUUGGGGUGCAGAGUGACCGGCAGGAUAGCUCUGCCGUUGGCUGGGACCACCUGGAGAAAGUUGAUAAGCAUGAGAGCCAGAAAGAUUAUUCAAAGGGCUUUGGAGGCAAAUUUGGCGUACAGAAAGACCGCCAGGAUUCCUCUGCCUUGGGCUGGGACCAUGUUGAGAAGGUUGAGAAACAUGGCUCCCAGAGGGACUACAGCCAGGGGUUUGGUGGCAAGUUUGGUGUGCAGAAGGACCGCCAGGACAAGGCUGCCGCCGGCUGGGACCACAUUGAGAAGGUGGAGAAACAUGAGAGUCAGAAAGACUACUCAAAGGGCUUUGGCGGCAAGUUUGGAGUGCAGAGUGACCGGCAGGACAAGUCUGCCGCGGGUUGGGACCAUGUAGAGAAGCUGGAGAAACACGAGAGCCAGAAAGACUACUCUAAAGGGUUUGGAGGCAAGUAUGGGGUGCAGAAGGACCGCCAGGACAAGUCAGCAGCCGGCUGGGACCACAUCGAGAAGGUGGAGAAGCACAACAGCCAGCGAGACUACGCAAAAGGCUUUGGUGGCAAGUUUGGCGUGGAGUCUGAUCGGCAAGACAAGUGUGCUGCAGGCUGGGACCACAUGGAGCAGGUGGAGAAGCACGAGAGCCAGAAAGACUACAGCCAUGGGUUUGGAGGCAAGUUUGGUGUUCAGAAGGACCGCCAGGACAAGACCGCUGCCGGCUGGGACCACAUCGAGAAGGUGGAGAAACACGAGAGCCAGGUGGACCACUCAAAGGGAUUUGGCGGGAAGUUUGGUGUACAGCAAGACCGUAUGGAUCCCUCAGCCCACAAGUUUGCUGAGCCGCAGGGAGGAGUGGGAACCAACUACCAGCGCACCAAGCCAGAGGUCAAAGGCUCAGAGAAAGCAUCAAGCCUACGAGCACGAUUUGAGAACCUGGCAGUGGAGGAAGAGAAAAAGAGGAGUGAGCAGGCAGACCUAGACAAGAAGAGACGCUUUGAAAGGGAUCAGGCUCUUGUGCAGAAGGAGAAGGCUAAGUUGGCAGAGCAGCAGGAGGAGGAGGCAGCCAACCUCAGAAUGAAGAAUGAACAAGAGGAGAGGCAAAGGGAACUCACUAGACAAGAGCAGAUCAGGAAAGCUAGAGAAGAGGCUGCUCUGCCAGAGGAGGAUGCCCACUACCUUCAGGAUACUGCUGCUGCUGCCGCCGCUGGUGCCACUGCCUCCAAUUCCACUACUACUCCUGAACAGGCGGAGCGGGCGGCGGCGGAGGAGGCGGCCUUCAGGGCAGAGAAGGAGCGACUGGAGGCUGAGGUGCGCAGGCAAGAACUCCUCCUAAUGGGCGACACUCCCCAGAGCCCGGUGGUCACCCGUCAGGAGCCAGCCGCUGCACCCGCUUCUGCUUCUCCCCCACCAACCACACCAGCCACAGAUGCACCACAGGAUGAGUCCAUGGGCAUCACAGCAUUUGCUCUGUUUGACUACCAGGCCGCUGACACAGAUGAGAUCUCCUUUGAUCCUGAUGACAUCCUGACCAACAUUGAAAUGAUUGAUGAAGGCUGGUGGCGUGGCUGGUGCAAUGGCCAGUACGGACUGUUUCCAGCCAAUUAUGUCCAGCUGCACAGCCCCACGCAGUGAGAUCAGCCGCUCUGGAGGACUCAAGGUCACUCCAGACACAGAUGACACUCAGCCAAAUGGAUUAGAUGCCCCAGACCACCACAGCGCCGGCCUGGCUCAGCUGACGGCUGACAUCACAGAGCAUCAAUGUCAGCUGCCAGGGAGGCUUUCAUUGUUGUUGCAAUUGUUGAGGUAGACACUGUAGACUCUUUGUGAUAAAAAUCAGGAAGUUAUUGUUUUUAUAAAGAAGCUGCAGUUGCCAAAUUGUUAGGGUAUUUUAUUACUAUCUCAGCUGAUCGCUGUUUUACUGCUCAUGGUAACAGGUUUAGGCCACUGCUGAGUCUUGCUAGGUGGUGAGAUAGAGCAACCUGCCUGCCAAGUAUUAAUUACUAUAUACAAAGUCAUUAAUUAGGAUGGUUGAGUUUUACCAACUGCUCACACUAGGCAGGUUUUGGCUGUAUUGUCAUCUCUGACCAGCUUUUUUCAUCUUUUUGUUUUACUGAUGUACCUAUUUACCCAGUUUUAUUUGGUGCUCUUUUAUUUUGAUGAUGCAGUUAGAGACAACAGAAGCCCUUCAGUCUUCACUAUGUAGGUUUGUGCUAUUAUGCUGUUGUCUCUAUCCUGAUUUUUGUUAUUUAGUUACAUAGGUUUUUAUAUGUUUUUAAUAUAUAUAAAUUAUCAUUGUUGGGUCCUGCAAUUGAGCUAAUAGGUUAUUACAGUGUGUACAUGUGAUUAUAGAUGAGUGCACAUGGUUGUACCUCCUCACAUGCCUGGAGGUGUGUCAGGUCACACUGAGAUGUGUGUGUGUGUGUGUGUGUGUGUGUGUGUACAUUGGAGAGUGCAUAUCUUUGUGUCAUCAGAGGCUCACACAGAGACAUUACAAAUUUGUGUACUAGUUGCAUUAGACAAGUAAGUCGUAGUUAUUCAUGAGGAAUGCCAGACAGAAAAGCAUUUUUAGCAUUACAAUAUUUUGACGUCUAGACAAUUUAUCAAAGAAACAAUUUGAUACACAGCUUGAAGAGAUGUAAAAUUUUCCAUCCACACAAUAGUAGAUGACUUUUGUAAGGACUAACUUCAUAUGCAGUGGCUAGAAAAAAAAUUGAAGCAAACAGCAUGUAAAGACAACUUGUGGUGCAACAAACUCCUGAUACUGUUCUAAUCCUUUUCUUCCUCUUCCUCCUUGUCACUUACCCACUUACCCUGUGCUGUACUUAGCAUGAAUAGUUACUUAGCUCAAAGCAUGAAUGUUUCAGUCAUAGGCAAAAUUGGCCAUAUAUUUAUUCACAGUAAUGCAGAUUAAUAGCACCAAUACAUAUAUACUUCUCCAGAUUUAAUGAGCUCUAGGCAAGUAGACAUGCACUGUUUAUUUAUUUAUCAGGCUGAUAUUUUCCUUAAGUGGGAUAACUGAGGCAUCAUCAUGGUCUGGGGAGGGCUGAAUUAGGUAUAUAAUUAUAGGGGGAGGUUUCAAGUCUCCACACCCCAUAAUUCAACCACUUUCUCAUUAUUCAUAGUGAAUUUGGAGACAAGUUUUGCACCCCCUCAUGUCUUGUAAGUACCAAGGGCUUAUUAAAAGAAAGAGACGAUAGACACCUCAAACCUACAUUUGUAUUCAUUGUGUCAAGUAGUAAACUAAAAAAUAAAUUUGUUAACAUCCACAACAUAAACUUAUCUCAAUUUAUGUAAGAUUUUUUGUCAACUGAGAGUGGUAUAGGAAGGCUAAAGUUACAUGAAACUGUUAAAAGAGAAGAGAGAGAGAGAUCAAGAGAGACAAAGAUAGACACAAUAUUUGCAUUAAUAAGAGCAUGGGGAGUGAGAUGUUCCUGGCUCACUCAGCCCCAACAGUGUAGCAAACAGCCAAGUGUGUUUGCCUUACAGUGGCUGAGUGUUAGCAUAAAUAUCAAAAAUAGUACAGUAGCAAACAGUGUCCUCUCAUUUAGAUUACUGUUGGUUCCUUUUGUGUUUGAAUUAUACCUGUCAAUCAAACAUUAUAUUAAGUGUAAGGAAAUGUCAAAAUGUGUUUUUAAUCAAUUUACAAAAUAUUUCACUUAGUGUCUAUUAUGGUGUCUGGUAUGUAAUUUUAAUGCCUCUUAGAUCAAACAAUGUUGUGUCUUCUUGGUACAGUCCAGGUCAGAAGCUCAACAACCUUCACUCAUGUCUGCUGUGGCAAGUUUUCUCCUUCAUUGUUAUAUUCUGUGAUCUGGUGACAGUCUCCCUACAAACCCUGGCAAUUGAUGGAUCACAUGAUUUAACAUAAGGGAAAACACUUAACACAGAGCGAGUGUGGUAUGUUAGUUAACCUAUGACCGCGACUGUGUUGUUUUAAUAUUACAGGGUUUUUAGUAAUCAGUUUACAAUAUAUACCGCUUGAAUUCACUGGAGAAUAAACAUGCAUCAGGGAUUGGGAUGUGAUCUAGGGAAGAGAUAUCAUUGUAUGUUAUAAUAAUGGCUUCCACUUCAAAAUGGUAGUAAUACUUUUCUGUACGUGAGGGUUUUGAGUGAGUGAAUGGUGAGGUGAACUGGUGAAGGACUGUGAAUGCCUUGUGUUUAUCAUCAUAGCUACUCUUCUUGAUGAAUGACAGAUCUUUCCUUCAUCGUUUUACAGGCCAAGGAAGAACUUUAAUUCUCGAGUUGAAAGGCUCUUGGGGAACAAUUUCGUAUGGUUAAUGGAUGGUAUUUUGUAAUCCGUAUUUAUUUCAUAUAUUUACCCAUUUUUGUCCUGCCGCCAAGGGAAAAAAAUACUAAUGGUCAUGAUGGUAAUAAGGAGUCGUGUUUUGUAUUAUUUAUUGAUGUUUUUUUUCACAUUUUGAUGGUGUUGGACGAAGUAUUUUUGGUGAAGGCAAAGUUUAUGGAGAACGUUGAGCGGUCAUUGAUCGGCCGCGUAACUGCGUCAUAUCGCUAUAACCUUUAGUACUCAAAUUCUACUUCCUAACAAACUCUUCCUGGCUCACUGGUGGGCAGGGAUUGAUGUUACAACAAAGAAGAAAUCUGAUUCCUAUUAGUGUAUUACAUUGUGCGGACAGAGUAAUAAAAUAACUAUAUAUACAAACAUUUUUUUGAUAAUUGAUGUUGCCAUUAUUAAUGAUUUUGCGUUUUUAUUUAAAAUGUAUAUAUUAAGAAUAAUUUAGAUAUGAAUAAAAGCCGAUAAAUCA